AUGAGGCCCAAGAUUGAUGAGACAUGGCAGGGACGAAAUGCAGCUGGAGACUACAAACGCACAGGGGAAGCGCCGGACCCCGAGACCUGUCCGGCCACCUCCAGCUCCGGGUGCUCUUCUUCCGUGGAGGAGAAAGAUGCCUCUGAGAUCUCGGAGUGCAAGCGACAGUUCAACUGCGACAGCUUGGAGGAGGCGCUGGGCAUCGCGCGGCAGUGCGCGGCGCUGAAGAAGGAGGGCUGGAAUGAGUCCAACGACAACACCUGGGACCAGACGUUGGAGCUUCGCUACUUACUAGCUUUGGCUGCAAAGCCAGACUUCGUCCCACCCGCACGGUUCCAACAAGCGAUGGACACGUGCAUGAAGUGCCUGCUGCACGCCCCUGAGGGCCAGCUGAUGCAGCCGGCUCGGCUCCUGCUGCUCCUGGACUCCCCGGACACGGGCCCGGUGCUGCGCUACCUGACGUGGCUCGAGGAGGCACUCAAGGAGGGCCCGGGUUCCGACCAGCAGAGUCGGACCGUGCUGGUGCCGCAGCGUGUUUGCUCCGCCCUCUGCUCCUGGCCUGCCGAGCGCUCCUUGCUGCAGCAGAGCGCAGCGGCAUUGUGGGAGGUGCUGACUCUUGGCCCGGAUUCAGGGCAUGAGGGCUGUGAGUUGCAGUGGGGUCCUUCCUCCACAGAGCUUCUGUAA